GAAACGCCUCCAGGAGAUCCCCUGCUGCAGCAGCAAUGUUUUUACCAACUCUACCAGGCCCUCGAACUCCAACGAGAGCUCCGAGCUUCCCUCUGGCACGGGAGCAUCUGUCCAUUGGAUGGACGAGCUUGAGGUUGAAAACGUGCUGCAGGACCUGCUGAAGUCACCACCCUAUCCUCCUCUGAAGCGACAGAAGGAAGAGAAGUUUGUCUUUGAUCGCCGCUCUCGGCACCUCCUAGAGUCAGAGUCAGGUGUUUCUUGGGAUGCACUUCCAGAUGAAUUGCUUUUGACAGUCUUUGCAUAUUUGCCCCUAAAAGAAUUACUAAAAGCUUCCCAGAUUUGCAAGAGGUGGCAUCGUCUUUCGUUUGAUGAAUCUCUGUGGCUGACUCUCGACCUGGCUGUUAAAAAUCUGCCUCCAGGAGUGCUUGGACAGUUGCUACCUGCAGGUGUUACCGCAUUCCGCUGCCCAAGAUCUUCUAUUGGGAAUCCAUUGUUUAAAACAAGCACACCUCUCAGAGUUCAACAUAUGGAUUUGUCAAACUGCACAGUGUCUGUUGCAGAUCUCCAGAGUAUUCUUAGUCGGUGUGAAAGGCUGCAGAACCUCAGCUUGGAGGGACUAGUGCUUUCUGAUGAUAUCAUCAGGAGCAUUGCUAAGAAUCCUAGUUUGAUACGACUGAAUCUCUGUGGAUGCUCACGGUUUUCUGCAGAAGCCAUGGAACUGAUGUUGAGCAGCUGUUCCAUGUUGGAGGAGCUGAAUUUGUCCUGGUGUAGCUUCAUAGCCACCCAUGUCAAAGCAGCAGUCACUCAUAUUACCUCAAACAUAAAACAAUUAAAUUUAAGUGGAUACAGACAGAAUCUGCAAAUAUCAGAUGUUAAAACACUGGUGGAAAGGUGUCCUCGUCUAAUCCAUUUAGAUCUAAGUGACAGUAUGCUGUUGAAGCCUGAGUGCUUAAAGUAUUUUUUUCGACUUGUCUCUUUACAACAUCUGUGUCUUAGCCGAUGUUAUCAGAUACCACCUGCUGCCUUAGUAGAACUUGGUAAAAUUUCAACAUUAAAGACUCUUCAGGUAUUUGGAAUAGUGACGGGUAGCUCCCUACAGCUCCUCAAGGAAGCUCUUCCUGAAGUGAAGAUCAAUUAUUUUUAUUUUACAAGUAUUGCAAGGCCAAGUACUGGCACUAGAACGAACCAUGAGAUUUGGGGCAUCAAAUGCAGACUGAAAUCCUUGUAG